GUCGGCGCGCAUGCGCGAGCUCGCGGCCGGGCGCUGCCGAGCUCUGGUGGGGUCGUGUUUGGCUUUGUCUUAGGGCUCCAGGAUUUACGUGUUGAUUGGAGACCCGCCUCCCCUCCUGCUUCCCGGCUCUUUACUGCGCGCGGCUGCUGAUGUUUUCAUAUCUGUCACCUCUACCCUGCCCGAACCUGGUACCCAAACCGGCUCGCUAACUCCUUAAUCAGUACGCUUUUCUAGUUUGGUCCUGAUACCGAGGGCGAUCGCGGAAAGUUUAACUAAGCUAGUGGAAACUGUUGUGGAACUGCUUUGUGGGGCUGGGGAGAAGUCGCCAUAAAUCUUUAUUUUGAGCCGGAAAAGAUAGUGUUCUUCUCAGCCCCGGAAAUAGAGCUCUUCAGACCUUGAAAACUUUCCAAGCGCGCCGUCCUUCCUACCUGGUUUGGCAGCGAUUAAGAACCAACUCUUUGCAUAAAAUGUUGAGACAGUUCGCGCUCAAGACUGCCACGAAAUGUAUGUCGUAGAGUUGCCUUCGCGACCUAAUGUUUGUCAGAGCUGAAUAAAAGUGGUUGAGUUCACAAACAGUACGUUGGAAUGAUGCUCUUUUUCCCCUGGCUGAAGGGACAGCCACUAUUUAGUGUCUUUUGAACCUCCUGGCUGUGCACCUUUCUGCUGCUAAACUCCUGCCUGGCUUUGCUCCUUACUGGGGCGGUGGCAUUUAGUUACAUCAGACAAGUGGCUUUUAGGGCUAUUAUUAAGAGUUUUUAACGAUGUUAUUACUGCGUGCCUUGUAAUCACAUAUGCCGAUACAGACAUUUCGGAGGCUGGAAUUCAAGAGCUGCUUAGGGUAUGCCAACUGACAGCUGAGUUCUCCAGGUGAAAUGUAGUAUCUUUAUUUCCCAGGGCACCAGGCAGUUGGGUGCCUUGGAGUGGAUUUUGCCUCAUAGCAAGCACAUGUGAUUUUCUAGGUUGUAAUCUUUAUGAGGGAAACUCUGAUGGUGUAGUGGUUAAGUGCUACGGCAGCUAACCACAAGUUCGGCGGUUCGAAUCCACCAGGCACUCCUUGGAAUCUCUGUGGGACAGUUCUACUCUGUCCUGUAGGGUCGCUAUGAGUCGGAAUCCACUCCAUGGCGGAGGUUUUUUUUUUUUUUUUGGUUUAAUCUUUGUGAGAAUAGAUCGCCAAGUCUUUCUCCCAUGCAGUGGCUGGUGGGGUCGAACUGCGAGCCUUUGGGGUUAGCAGCCAGGCACUUAGCCAUUGUGCCACCAGGGCUCCUAGAGAGGUGCCAUGGAGUCAGUUCCUACUCAGCGACCUUACUCUCUCUAAAACAGCUGCUGUUCUCCCAGCCUUUUACCCUACGCUAUUGUACUUCAAAGCACUGUCACUGUCUGGUACUACAGAUUUGAGUAUGAUUUGUCUCUUCCGUAAGCACAGCUCAGUAGAUAUUUGUUAACAGUGUAAAUAAAAUUGGAAUCUAACUCACUCCUGAGAGAUUUUGUACUGAACUUUCAGCGUGGAUUCAUUCAUUCAACAGAUAUUUAUUGAGUGUACUUUGUGCCCGGUCCUGUCCUCGGUGCUUAGGAUGUAUCUGAACAAAAUAGACCAAAAUCCUUGCCCUUUUGGACCUUACAUUCUAGCAAAGAAUGAUAAUUCAGCAUAUUUAGUUAUUUAUUAUGCUAUAAAAUUAUCAGUGCUGUAAGGGCAGUGGAAACCCUGGUGGUGUAGUGGUUAAGGGCUAUGGCUGCUAACCAAGAGGUCGGCAGUUGGAAUCCGCCAGGUGCUCCUUGGAAACUAUGUAGAGCAGUUCUACUCUGUCUUCUAGGGUCGCUAUGAGUCGGAAUUGACACGACGGCAGUGGGUUUGGUGAGGGCAGUGGGAGAAUUCUCCCCUUCCAUGUGGGAGACCCGGCUUCAAUGCCCAGCCAAGGCACCUCAUGCAUAGCGGGGGCUUAUGUGUUGCUGUGGCGCUGAACAGGUUUCAGUGGAGCUUCCAGACUAAGACGGACUAGGAAUAAAAUCCUGGCGAUCUACUUCCAAAAAUCAGCCAGUGAAAACCCUGUGGAUCACAACCAUCUUUGGGGUCAACAUGAGCCCUGUGCCAACUGGAAGACUGCUAACAACAAUUAAGUGGUGAAAGAGGGGAGGGGGAUUGGGAGUGCAGGUGUGGGAUAUGUUUUUAAACAGCUCAGUUACCUUGCCUCUGAAGGUUGAACUGAAGGUGAUGCUCUGAUGAAGAAAUUUUUUUUUUAGAAUUAAAUAUCCUUCUGGGGAAAAAAUGUUCUUUGGCAUUCUCUAAUAUGUCUUUUGUAGGGGCCCACUGAAUGACCAUGUAACAAAUGCCACCUUUUUUUUUUUUUUUUAAUCAUAAACGGAACUUUUUUCCAAAUUUAAAUUUUUCAGGAUUUUAGAGUUCAGCACAUCAACUGAAGAGACUGGAGUAUUAAAUGGAAGAGACUGACCAGAUGGACACGACAGAUGUGCUGAGAAAAACUGUGUAUUUUCUCCACAGCUCACUAUGCUUUGCAAUUGCUUCCUAGCACUCCUUCCGCUAUGGAUGACUAAUGAAGGUCUUUUCAAGAGUGAUGUUGCCUUUUGUAAUUUAAAACUGUGUAGAAGAGGAGCUUAAAUCACAUCAUGCUUUAAGGCAUUAAAUUAGUCCUUUCUUAGAGAUUUCUGAACAAACCAGACUGGCCUAACCAAAUUUCAGCCCAUAAUUAAAGGAGGCUUAGAGGAAGAGGCAGACAAGAGAAAUGAUUUUAGAAGGAACAAUGUGUUUCCCCUCAGGUCCCUCACUUAAGUAGAUUCCAAACACUUUAAUUUCAUAGAUCAAAAACUAUUAAUCUGGAACUGUAAACGGAGGGAACCCAAGCGAUUUGCUUAUGUCUUUAGGAGAUUGUCAUACUCGGUUUUGAUCUUAUCACUAGGUAAAAUGAAAUUAAAAUGCCCCUGAGAUACCGCUACUUUGCGGGUUUCACAGGAGUUGAAUUACUACAAAUCAAAAUUGUCCAGGCAAGGGAGAUUUGAGGCCAUGAGGAAGUUAUGAAGGUUGCAGAGUAACAUCAAGGGCUCCUGUUGAAGAAUGGCGAUAGAGGGUCACUUGGAGAUACCUGCCUCAAACCAGCAGAUGGCUUAUUUCCCUGAAACAGAUACUCAUAGUAUCUAUCAACAGAAGACUGAUAGAAUUCUUCCAGCUUUCACUGUCCAGAAGGGACAUGUGUUUAGUUUGCAUGGUGAGGCUAUCCUGAUAACUUGAAAGUCUCCAGGAAAUGUAAGCUGUAAUAGUAUUUUUCAGCAUUAAUCAGACAUUGGAGGGUGUGUCUUGUAAUGUCUUCAGCCUUGCUAAUCUAACCCGAGGUAGUAUCUACUAUACAUCUCUCCCUCCUGAGCUCACAAGUACCAGUGGAUGGUGGUAUGUGAGUAAAUGAUAAAUUGUGACUGCAUCAUAAUAUAGUCUAUAAUAUGCUGAACUGUAUGUGAUACUGAACAACACGAAUUACAGAUGGAAAUGAGCCAAGGCCAAGAGGGCCUACCAUGUUCACCUUGUGGAGCAAAGGUCUUUAACAAUUAGAAUUUUAUUUAACAGGCAUGUUAGUAUUUUUUUAAAAAAUUACAGUACAUCUAUAAGGAUAUAGGAAAUGCUGGUGGUGUAGUGGUUAAGUGCUAUGGCUGCUAACCAAAGGGUCGGCAGUUUGAAUCCACCAGGCGCUCCUUGGAAACUCUACGACGGCACUGGGUUUGGUUUUUUUUUUUUUUAAUAAGGAUAUAAAUCUGAAAUAGCUUUACAGAUGAGCCUCAAAUACCAGUUCUUUUUAGCUAGUAUACCAACUUAAAACUAUUUGCAUAGUUUGUGUUAUUUUUCAUCUUCGAAAGUGACACUUUUGCUGUAUGUGGCAGAAAAGGCAGGCAUUGGUGUAUUUAGUAAUCUCUUCAGACUAAGUAUUACUUUGAUCUGCUUCAUCACUCUGGGUAAAAUUUGGAAACCUUUUUACAGUUAAAAGAGCAACUCUGUUUCCCUGUUCUACAAGUCAGUUCGCUGUUUAUCAUAAACGUAUGGUAAAUACCAUUUCCUUUGAAUUUGUGCUUUUAGUUAAGAGUUUCAUCCAUCCUGUUUAUAAUUGUCCCACUGUAGUUAGCAGCUGUGUGGGUUUCUGUAAGUGGAGCUAGCUUACAGCUAACAUCAUCCUUUUUCACAAAUGAUAGUUCAGAUGAUGUUUAUUAUUUUAUAUUAAACACAACACUAAAAAAAGCUUUUAAAGAUACAUCUAACGACUCAGCAGAGAGUUAGAAACCACAUUGCCCCAUUGACCUUUACUUGGUCUGGAGCUUCUAAACACACUGCUGCUAUAAACUGUCUUCUCGUCUCCUCAAAGUCAUAGGUUUUCUUUAAUUUUCUCUUUCUUUGAGUAUAAGAGCAUCAUCAAAUGUGUUGCCCAGAUGGGGACAUCUGUUAAAAGCAUUGAGUUCUGUAUUGCAAGAAAACAUUUUUAUAUGUUAAUGUUUCUCCAGGAUAACUUUAGAGUUGACCUUCUAUUAAGUUGAAAAGAAAAUCCAAAACACGGUGUCUUUCUCUGCAGAAAUUCCUGAUUUUUUCCAUUUUUUUGUCUGGAAUCACUUCUAGAACAUGGUUAUCAGCAUUUAGAAGCUCCUGAUAAGCUGCAAACUAUCAGUUUCCAUGGAUACAGUGUGUCUAGUGUGUUAGCUCUGAAGGCCCAUGAAUAUCAGUGGCACAAGCCACGAAAGAGCUGGAUGUUCGUUGCUCCCCAUUGUCUCGUAUGUGUGUUUCGUUUUGUUUUUAUGUAUUUGCUUCUAGCACCGUGCCUCCUGCAGACGCUAAGUCAGUGUUUGUUGGAUGAAUUGGGUGAAUCAGGUGAAUGAAUGUGUGUCCUGUAAUCAGUUUAACUCAUUAUUUUGUCAGAGGUAUUACCAAGUAAUAUGACACAUUGUGUCGCAGAUACACUGAUUACCAAUUAUAAUUUGUAGAAACUGUCCUAUAUAUAUGCCCUGUACAAGGAAACGAACUAUUUGACCUAUUCCAUUGAGGAUGAGAAUUGGAUUUAUCAUGUUCAAUCAUCAAAGACUGCCUUCUUGUCUACUAGUCUUCAAUUGUGUAGUUAUUAAAAAUAGAGAAAACUCUCAAAAUACAAUAUGUAAAAAUAAGGAGUUAUCUGUCCCAAACAGAGGUCACUUGGAAAUUACUGAAUUAUGCAAGCUUAGGAAAAUGGCUAAAAUAGGAAAUACACACAAAAGAUUACUUUAGUUGAUAUAUAUUGGUUUUGAAAAAUUAUUCUUGUGAAAACAUGAAUCCCUAGCCGUUGAGUGUCCACUUUGCAGCCUCUAAAAGCAGAGAACCAUGGCAGGAGCUUCUGCUUGAGAAGUACUUAUACCCCAUUUUCUACUUUAUUGUAAGGCAAAUAUCUAUACAGUAAAAUUCUAUAAUUGUUUAGUUUUUAUUGUUAUUAUGUUUAAACCAAAUGAGGAAAUAAAAGAAAGUAUUUUGCCAAGCACAAGGCACUUUUCGAUAUGGGUAAUUAGCUGUAUACAUGAGCCAAAUCAUAUAUCCCCAAACAAAAUAUAAGGGAAAAACUAGUAAAGUAACAUGUAGUUAGGAACAUAUGGGCAAUCUUAUGUCAUGACACUGCGUGUAUGAAGAUCUUUCCAGUACAAAUGCUAGCUUCUCACCUAGGCCCAGAAGGAAUUUUGACAACCCUCCAGUGCAAAGAGGAGUUCUUGGGUGAUAAACAGUUAAUGUGCUCAGCUGCUAACCAAAACGUUGGAGGUUUCAGUCUACCCGGAAGUACCUUGGAAGAAAGACCUGGUGAUCUGCUUCCAAAAAAGCAGUCAUUAAAAACCCUCUGGAGCACAGUUCUACUCUGACACACAUGGAGUUGCCAUGAGUUGGAAUAGACUUGAUAGCAACUGGUUUUCCUGUGCACGGAAGGGUGAAUUUUGUAAACAAAUUUAAACCAGAGUAGAAGUCACAUUUUGCUAUUCUAAUAUACUGAUAUCAAUUUUUCCCUUAUUUCAGUUUUUGCUUCCAUGACAUUUAAAAUAGCAUACCUUGCCUAUGUUAUUUAGUCAUUGUCUUUCUAUGGUAUUGAUAAAAUUUUAUUUUACAGAUGAGAAAAGAAGUUGUGGUUCACUUAUGGGUUGUUGUUAUCAAACCUUUAUUCAAUUUGUGUGCCAGUGGUAGAGGCAAAAUUAAAAUGGCUGUGUUUUGAGUCUUUGGUUUUGUUUUCCUUAAUUUUAGUCAACCCCAUCCUCCCAUAUGGAAACCCUGGUGGAGUAGUGGUUAAAAGCUACGGCUGCUAACCAAAAGGUUGGCAGUUUGAUUCCACCAGAUGCUCCUUGGAAACUCUUUGGGGUAGUUCUACUCUGUCCUAUAGGGUUGCUAUGAGUUGGAAUCGACUCAACGGGAAUGGGUUUAGGUUUUAACGGGUAUCCUCCCAUAUUAUUAAUUUAAGCUUAAAAUCUUAAAAAUUCUAUUGUGGAAAAGCCAUACAUACCAAUUCAUUGAUAGAAUUACAUGGGACAUUUUAUUAUUGGCGUUACCUCCAUCAGAAUUUUACUGAGAAAAAUUCCUAUCAGAGGCUAGCCGUGCAUAUAUCGGUGUCUACCCACCAAAAACCAGUGCCAUUGAAUUCAUUAAAAUAGUGUUUUCUGCGUGCUCUAAGAGUUUAUCAAAUAGUAUGCCGUGCAUAGCAUUCUGUGACUUAGUGAUUUUUUUAUCACGUUGUUUUGGAGAUUUAUCUGUGUUGAUUCUAGAUAAUUUAUUUAAUUGCUGUAUAGUGUGCAUAUGCUGCAGUUUAUCAGUUCUCCUCUUGACGGAGCUUAGGCUGUUUUAUUUUUGCUGUUGCUAGCAAUUUCCAAAUGAACAUUCUUGUACCAGUCCUCUUGUGCACAUGCUCUGGGGUUCAGCACGGGCAGCGUUUUCCACACUCCAGGAUUACGUACUAGCGAUCUUGAAAUCAAUUCAGUGGGCUGGGACCAGCAUUUUUCUUUAAAAUGAAAUAGAAUAGGAUAGAUUAGAAUAGGGUACGGUAGAGUAGAAUAAAAUAGAAAAAAAGGUAUCACCAGCAUCUCAUGUAGUAAGUAUUCUGUGAAACUCCUAUCUUGGUUAUUUAUAUGCAUCAAAAAGAUUAAAACCACUGUUCUCAGACCUUAGUGUCCUAGGACUGCCAUAAUAACAAACACCACCAGUGAGUGGACUUGAAGAACAGAAAUUUACCGUCUCACAGUUCUGGAGGCUAGAAAUCUAAAUUAGAGCAUUGACUCUAGGGGAGAGUUCUUCCUUGUCAGUAGCCCUGGGCAUUCCUUGGCUUGUAGAUGGUUCCUCACAAAAGGUCUCUUUCCUCCUUUUGUGUGUCUCUCCUUGUCUGUUUUCCCUAUUACUACAAAACCACUCAGAAGUGAUUAGGUUUAGGACCCUCUCUAUGUCCCUGUGACCCCUAAGAUACCAAAAGAAAUACCCCAUUUCAAACAAGAUCACAUUCACAGGUCCAGGUGUUAGGAGUUCAACUUAAUCUUCUUUGGGGGAAUACAAUUAAAUCCGUAGCAUCUGCUCUAAAUACUGUUGACUUGCUCUCUACAGUGGUUGUACCAGCUUUCCAUUUCUUCUAGUAAUAUAUGAGUGUUCCCUUUGAUCUACAGCCAGCCUCAUCAGUGCUGAAUAUUGUCCCCUUUAAUUUUUGCACAUCUGAUGCGUGUGGUCUGUUUUAUUGUGGUAGUAAUUUGUGUUCCCAUAAUAAGUUCUUUAGUGAAUUUGAACAUCUUUUGGUAUUUUUUUCUGUGAGUUUCCUCUGUCCUUUGCUCACUUCUUAAUUGGGUUGUUUAUCUUUUCCUUAUUGGUUUGUAGGCAUUCUUUAUAUAUAUUCUGGGUAGUCAUCAUUUGCUAACUAUCAGUUAUGUAUGUUGCUAAUAUCUUCUCCCAUUCUGUGGCUUGUUUUUCCCGUUGUUGAUUGUGUAUUUUUUAUCCCAAUGUUUUAGGCUUUAGUAUAGUAAAAUUUACCAAUCCUUUCAUUGUGGUUUAUGUUUUUGUGUCUUAUUAAAGAAAAGCUAAACAAAACAAAUAAAAAAAGCACCUCUACCUCCCCUGAAGUCAUAAAGAUAUUUUUAAUAUAUUCUUCUAAAAGUUUUGCUUUUUUUCGCAUUCCAGGAGACUUCCCUUUCAUUUUCUGUCUUGAAAUACUGUAGCUUCGAAUUUUGUUUUGUGUGUGUUCUCUCAUAUGUUUCAGUGUCCAAAUUGUUCAAGCCCUCACCUGAAACUUGUAGAGUAUAAUGUCAAAAAGUUAAAAUUUUACAAUUAAUUUUUAAAAUAAUUGAUCACUUCUACUGCUGACUUUUUUGGUCUUUUUUAAAAUUGUACUUUAGAUGAAGUCUUACAGAGCAACCUAGUUUCUCAUUAAACAAUUAAUACACAUAUUGUUUUGUGACAUUGGUUGCCAACCCUAUGACACGUCAACAAUCUCCCCUUCUUGACCUUGGGUUCCCCUUACUAGAUUUCCUGCCCCUUCCUGCCUUCUCAUCCUUGCACCUGGGCUGGUGUGCCCAUUUAGUCUCAUUUUGUUUUAUGGGCCUGUGCUGACUUUUUUUAAAAUAAAAAAUACAGGUGAUACAAUUUUUUAAACUGUAAUUUUUGUAGAUAAAUAAUGGCUUGUUAAAGUUGCAAGAUGGUGUUAUUCCUUUCCUUCUCUGUUUUUCUCUAAUGGAAGUUAUUUAUGUAUUUAUAUUUUCAGCCACAUUAACCUUGCUCUCGAACAACUUUAAAAGAAUGAAGACAGAAUGGGAUUAAAGAUGACUGAAUACCAGGCACUAGAAAUUUAAAAUAAUCAGCUCAGCAAAUCAUAUACUCUUGAGUGGAGCUGAGAAUUGAACAAUCUGCUCUUCACAGUGAUUUGGAACUUUUCAAUCCCAGGGAAAAGUUGGCCAAGGUCUAAAAUGUAUUUUUCCCUACCCAAAGGAAGUCACCUCUGAAAUCAACAUUUUCUGUUCAUUUCCUUUUAGAUUUCAGAACCUACAAUUAUCCUGAGGUUACUUUCCCAGACCUCAGCAGGAGGGUUCCUGUACCGUAGUUCCAGAUCAGUUAAAAUACCUUUGGCUUUUGUGGCUGUUAACUCCCAUACCUAAAGCCUGAGUCCCUUAUUUUCCCUUCUCCAUUUUUGAGCUUAGUUUAUUUUCUCUGUUAACAAAAAGUGAAGUGAUUUUAAUGUGCCUAGUUUAAUCUGAUGUAUGGCAUCCUGACUUUACCACAUCCUUUUCCUCAGGGUUUGCACAGGACUGAGUCCAUAUGGAAGAAGAACUUCCUCUUUCCUGUGGAGAAAGUGGCAAGCCAGUGCAGGCUACUCUGUCGUCUUUGAAGAUGGUAGAUGUGGGAAAGUGGCCAAUUUUUUCCCUUUGUUCUGAGGAAGAACUGCAGUUAAUUCGCCAGGCUUGUGUCUUUGGCAGUGCCAGCAAUGAAGUUUUAUACACCACAGUAAACAAUGAGAUUUUUGUACUUGGCACAAACUGCUGUGGCUGUCUUGGGUUAGGGGAUGUCCAGAGCACCAUUGAACCUCGGAGACUGGAUUCUUUAAGUGGCAAAAAAAUAGCCUGCCUCAGCUACGGGAGCGGCCCGCAUAUUGUCCUUGCCACAACAGAAGGAGAAGUCUUUACCUGGGGUCACAAUGCUUAUAGCCAGCUGGGCAAUGGGACAACUAACCAUGGCUUAGUACCUUGUUACAUCUCCACUAACUUGUCAAACAAACAAGUCAUUGAAGUUGCCUGUGGAUCCUACCAUUCUCUGGUGCUAACGUCUGAUGGAGAGGUAUUUGCCUGGGGUUAUAAUAACUCUGGACAGGUAGGAUCUGGAUCCACAGCAAAUCAGCCAAUCCCUCGAAGAGUCACUGGCUGCUUACAGAACAAAGCAGUCGUGAACAUAGCAUGUGGGCAGAUGUGCUCCAUGGCAGUAGUGGAUGCUGGGGAGGUCUAUGUCUGGGGUUACAAUGGAAAUGGGCAGCUUGGACUUGGCAGCAGUGGCAACCAGCCAACCCCCUGUAGAGUAGCAGCUUUGCAAGGCAUUCAUGUCCAGCGGGUUGCCUGUGGCUACGCACACACAUUAGUAUUAACAGAUGAAGGCCAAGUGUAUGCUUGGGGAGCAAAUUCUUAUGGCCAGUUGGGCACUGGCAAUAAAAGCAACCAGUCCUACCCUACCCCUAUCAGUGUGGAAAAGGACAGAAUUAUCGAGAUUGCAGCCUGUCACUCUACCCACACCUCUGCUGCCAAGACCCAGGGAGGGAACGUGUACAUGUGGGGCCAGUGUCGUGGCCAGUCAGUCACUCUGCCUCACCUCACCCGCUUCUCCUGCACAGACGAUGUCUUCGCCUGCUUUGCCACUCCUGCCGUCACGUGGCGCCUCCUCUCCGUGGAACCAGACGGGCACCUCACAGUGGCCGAGUCACUGAAAAGGGAAUUUGACAACCCCGACACUGCAGACCUGAAAUUUUUAGUUGAUGGAAAGUAUAUUUAUGCACACAAAGUCCUUCUCAAAAUUAGGUGUGAACAUUUUCGUUCUUCGCUGGAAAACAAUGAGGAUGAGAUUGUAGAAAUGAGUGAAUUUUCAUACCCUGUUUACCGAGCCUUCCUGGAAUACCUGUACACUGACAGCAUCAGCCUCUCUCCCGAGGAGGCUAUAGGAUUGCUAGAUUUGGCAACAUUUUAUAGAGAAAAUCGUUUGAAAAAGCUCUGCCAACAAACCAUCAAGCAAGGAAUCUGUGAGGAGAAUGCCAUUGCUCUGCUCUCUGCCGCUGUGAAAUACGAGGCUCAGGUACCAUCAAGUCGGUUCUGACUCAUAGCGACCCUGUGUACUACAGAACGAAACACUGCCUAGUCCUGUGCCAUGCUCACAAUUGUCAUUAUGCUUAAGCCCAUUGUUGCAGCCACUGUGUCAAUCCAUCUCGUUGAGGGUCUUCCUCUUUUUCACUGACCCUCUACUUUACCAAGUAUGAUGUCCUCCGAGGGCUGAUCCCUCCUGAUAACAUGUCCAAAGUAUGUAAGAUGUAGCCUCACCAUCCUUGCUUCUAAGGAGCAUUCUGAUUGUACUUCUUCCAAGAAGAUUUGUUUGUUCUUUUGGCAGUCCCUGGCAUAUUCACUAUUCUUCGCCAACACCACAAUUCAAAGCCGUCAAUUCUUCUUGAAUUUUCCUUAUUCAUUGUCCUGCUUCCACAUGCAUAUGAGGCGAUUGAAAAUACCAUGGCUUGGGUCAGGUGCACCUUAGUCUUCAAGGUGACAUCUUUGCUUUUCAACACUUUAAAGAGGUCUUUUGCAGCAGAUUUGCCCAGUGCAGUGCAUCUUUUGAUUCUUGACCCGUGGUUCCAUGGGUGUUGGUUGUGGAUCAAAGUAAAAUGAAAUCCUUGACAACUUCAGUCUUUUCUCCGUUUAUCACGAUGUUGCUUAUUGGUCCAGUUGUGAGGAUUUUUGUUUUCUUUAUCAGAAGAAGCUGUAUGAAAAUGCUCAUGCUCUCUGGUUGAUGAGUCAUUUCCUUCCUCAGACUUUUAUAUAAAUAUAAACUGCGUAGGAGAGUACAAAUUGGUACAGCCUUUCUGAAGAGCAAUUUGGUAAUAUGUAUUAAAAGCCUAAAAGAUGUAACACUUUUAAACUAAGGAAUUCACUUAUAGGAAUUUAUCUUAAGGAAGUAAUCAUGAAUUUGAACAAAGAUUUGACUUUAAAGAUGUUCACUGCACUAUUGUUUAUAAUUUUGAAAAAUUAGAAAAAGUCAAUGCGAACAGUAGAGGACUAUUUAAACUGUGGAAUGUCAGUACCAUGAAAUUAGGCAGCUACUCAAGAUACAUCAUUAAGUAAAAAACUAUAAUUUUUUUUUUUUUUUUACUGUAAAUACCUAGAUAAAAAAAGUCUGAAAUUCAUUAUCUACAUAAAAAAAGAUUAAAAAGUAUAGUCAGUGGUUAUCUCUCUGUAGUGGGAUUAUGGAUGAUUUUUAUUUCCCUCUCUUGUUUGUAUUUUCUGAGCUUUCUACAGUGACCAUGUAUUGUUUUAAUAGUGAAGAAAGGAAAGAAAACCUUUCUUUGAGACAAAUCUUUAGGAAACAGGCCAUCACUUCUUGGAGUUAUCAGUCAUUUUCCUUUUGGUUGUAAGGAUAUGUUUUACUAUGGUCAAAAAACAGGGACAUUUUAGGGGUUAUAUAAAUAAUAAUAUACUUAUUAGAGAAAAUGUGGAAAAAUACAAAAACUCUUAGGGAGGAAGUGACCUAUCAACCAGAGAGCGUGAACAUUUUCAUACAGCUUCUGAUUUUUUUCUAGGUUAUGAUAUGUAUAUAUCUCUAAAUACUUGAAGUUCAGGUUUUUUUUACUUAACAUUUAAAAAAAUCUGGAAAGAAAAAUUUUGAUGACUACAUAAUAACACCUUGAAACAGUGAUAUUUAAAAGCAUAGUGUAGUGUGUUUGUAUUUCAUCAAGGUAAUAAUACAUUGGCCACUUUCAAGCAGAGUGCUUCUUGGCCAAGUAAAAUAUAUGUGCUUUUCUGGAGUUUGUUCUUUAAAGUCAUAGGCAUGAUAAUACUCUGGUGGGAUACUUCAGAUGUCGAGAUGGUGGCACUCAUCAUUUCCCACCAAAGCAGGAUUGAUUUCUAAGACUUUUCUAUAUUCCCUAUUUAUGUGAAUUAUUUGUAUGGUUACCUUGCACCCUUCUGUUUUCUAGAAUGUAAGCUUCUUGAGGGAGGGCAGGAACUUUGUUUUGUUCGAAACCAUAUCCCCAGGGCCUAGCGUAGUGGGAUGCAUAGUGGACGCUCAUUAAAUGUUUGUUUAAUGCAUAUUUAACUUUGGAAAUAGAGACACUGUCUUUUAGAGACACUUUUUUUUUAUUGUACUACCACUUGUCCAGUUAAUUAUUGUACCCUAAAUUAGUAUAAUAGACUAUAAGUAAAAAAUUGCAUAUAUUCUUAAUAUAAAAUAAAAGUUUUAAUAAAGAGGAGCCCUGGUGGUGCAAUGGUUAAGCAUGCCACUGCUAACUGAAAGGUUGGCAGUUUGAACCCACCAGCUGCUCCACAGGAGAAGACCUGCUGAUCUGCUUCCAUAAAGAUUAUGGCCUAGAAAACUCUAUGGGGCAGUUCUGCUCUGUCACAUGAGGUCACUGUGAGUCAAAAAUCGAUGGCACCUAACAACAGCAGCAACAAAAAUAAAGAGCAGUGUGUUUAAUUAUAUUCUUCUAAUGACUAAUAAUCAUGCAAGAAAUGGGCUCUUUGAGCUACCAAAUUAUUGUCCCUUAUGCUAGAGGUGCUAAAAUAAUGACUACCACUUAGUACAUAACGUGACCCGGGGAUUGUUUUAAGCACAGUUCAAGUCUCAUUUAAUUCUCGAAACAACCUUAUAAGGUAUAAGCAUUUUUAUCAGUUCUGAUUUACAAAUGAGGAAACUGAGGUCUGGAGAGAUUAAGUAAAUUCUUAGUAAGCUAGUAAAUUGUGAAGCUGGAACUCAAUCCAAAAUUGGAGAGAUUUCAAAACCACACUUUUAAUUAUAAUUCUCUGUUGUCUCCCAUAUUUUAAAAUCAGCAAUAUUCAUUCAUUGAUUCAACAAAUAUUCACUUAGUGUCUCUUAUACACACAGCACUAUUCUAGGCACUAAAAGUACAGUAAGUGUCUUAGGCUGGGUUCUCAAGAGAAGCAAAACCAGUGAAGCAUGUGUAUGUAUAUAUAUAGAGAGAGAGAGAGAGAGAUUUAUACCAAAGAAAUGGUUCAUGCAGUUGUAGAGGCUGGAAAGUCCCAAGUCCAGAGGUCAGGCAUCAGGACUGGAGGCUUCUCCUCACUCGCGUAGCUGCAGGGGCUGAUGAAUUCAAGACUGGCAGGUCAGACAGUAGGCUGCUGGAUCACAGGCUGCAGAGGCCAACCAAUUCCAAGUUCGGCUUGCAGUAUGGCAAGCUGUGGGCUCAAGUCUGCAGGAUCCAGAGCAAGCAAAAGCCACAGAGCUUUGCCAGAAAGUCUGUAUAUAUUGGAUGCAAGCCACACCCUCAAGGAAACUUCCUUUCAACUGAUUGGCUGCUAACAGCAGAUCUUAUCAUGGAGGUGAUUACAUCAUACCAGAUUUCAUCAUGGAGGUAAUUACAUCAUUACAUAGCUGCCAAACCAGCGAGAAUCAUAGCCCAGCCAAGUUGACACAGAACCUUAACCAUCAUAUUCCACCAACUGUUAACUUGCCACCUGUAUACAUCUCUUUAAACCAUACGUAAUCUCAAAAUAAAUGGUCAUACUUUCUGCCUAACAUGAUUCAACUAACACAUGUACAACUAAAAACGCACUAGCCUUGUUUACAUCUUACAUUUUAAGGUGAAGAAAACAAAAAUAUUUGUUGCACAUAGGCAAGGAAGAAAUAGUCAUAACAAUUACAGUCCUCGUUUCUGCAACUUGUCACUUGAUUUUAGCAGGUAUUUAGAACUAUCUUCUUCUGCCACCCAUUCUGUAUUUUGUUUACGCUCAGUAAGCACCUUAGCUGGUCAUGGUUCCUUGCCUGGUGGGGUGACCCAAACCUUCGUUCCUGAAGGAUCUGGGCCAUUAGUAUUCAUGUUGGAAUUGUGUUGCUGUAGUUUUCCAUUGACUUUAAUCACAGGGCACGGUAUUACUAAGAGACACCCUAAGGGAUUUCCUGUAUUCCGGAUGUACUUUUCUUUACCUCUGUUAUGUGUUAUCAAUCCAGUUUCCCCUUGGUAAUCAGGAUCAGUCACACCAGCCAUACAGUAACUUCUUUCUUUGCCUGUUGAUCCAGAGCCAUAAGGAACUCAAAGUAGCUGGGUGGCAUUGUUAACUUCCAGUUCAGUGGAAUCAGUGUUGUGUAUCCUAUUGGGAGCAUUCCUUUCUUUGGAAAUAAGACCUCUAGACUCAAAGAGCAUAGGGUUAAGGGGACAGGAAACAAAAAUUGUGCAAGUGGGUCACUAGGGGUAAUAGUGGUGCCACUCCCAUUUCCACGUCUAGAUUUCUGGACCCAUGAAUCCUGCCUAUGGGAAAAAUAACACCAUAUAUUGGAUGCUCGUUUAGAGCAUAUACAGCCUCCUGGGGAACACUGCCCCAACCCUGCAAAGUUACCACCUAGCUGGCACCGUAAUUAUGUCUUCAGAAGGCCAUUCCAUAAUUCUGUUAAGCCAACUGCUUCAGGAUGAUGGGGAACAUGGUAAGACCAGUGAAUUACAUGACCAUAGGCCCAUUGCCACACUUCAUUUGCUGCAAAGUGAGUCCCUUGAUCCAUAGUGAUACUGUGAUGGUGUGUAUAGCAUUCCAUAAGUCCGCGGAUGGUAGUUUGAGCUGAAGCACUGUGUGAAGGGAAGGCAAAUCCAUAUCCAGAGUAAGUGUCUAUUCUGAUAAGAACAAAACAUUGCCCUUUCCAUGAUGGAAGUGGGCCAAUGUAAUCAACCUGCCACCAGGUUGCUGGCUGAUCACUUCAAGGAAUGAGUGCCAUAUUGGAGACUCAGUGUUGGUGUCUGCUGCUGGCAGAUUGAGUGCUCAGCAGUGGCUGUAGCCAAGUUGGCCUUGGUGAGUAGAAGUCCAUGUUGCUGAGCCCAUGCAUAACCUCCAUCCCUGCCACCAUGACUACUUUGAUCAUGAGCCCAUUGGGCAAUGACGGGAGUGUCUGGGGUAAAAAGAUGACUGGUUUUCAUAGAACGUAUUAUCAUAUCCACUUGACUGUUAAAAUCCUCCUCUACUGAAGUCACCCUUUGGUAAGCAUUCACACUAGACACAAAAUAUCUUCACUUCUUUGGCCCAUUUGGGGAGGUCUGUCUACAUACCUCUUCCCCAUACUUCUUGUCUCCAGUUUUCCAGUCAUGUUACUUCCAAGUCCCUGACCAUCUAGCCAGACCAUUAGCCACAGCCCAUGAACGGCCAGCACAUCUGGUCGUUUGUCUUUCUAAGCAAAGUGAACAACCAGGUGCACUGCUUGAAGUUCUGCCCAUUGGGAGGAUUUCCUUUCACCACUGUCCUUCAGAGAGGUCCCAGGAAGGAGCUGCAGUCUGCCACCAUCCAAUUCCAAGUGGUACCUGCAUAUUGCACGGAACCCUCCGUAAAGCAGGCAAGUGAUUUCUCUUCCUCAGUGAACUGAUUUAAGGAACUCCCCAUGAGGCCAUAGAUGCAGACUGGGAGAGGGCAGGUAAUGUGAUUGGAGUAGAGACCAUAGGCAUUUGGGCCACUUCCUCAUACAACUUACUUGUGCAUUCAGGUCCUGCUUGGGCCCGGUGACCUAUAUACCACUUCCAUUUAAUUAUGGAGGGUUACUGUGCCAUCUACCUUUAUGGCUCUGUGGGUCAGACAAGACUCAGUUCAUGAUAGGCAGCUCAGGCCCCAUUGUGGCUUUGUGGCCCAUGGUUAAGUGUUCAGUCUCUAUUAAGGCCCAGUAACAAGCCAAAAGCUCUUCCUCAAAAGGAGAGUAGUUAUCUGCAGAGGAUGGCAGGGCUUUGCUCCAAAAUCCUAAGGGUCUACAGUGUGAUUCACCAAUAGGGACCUGCCAAAACUCCAGACGGCAUCUCUUUCUGCCAGUAACACUUCAGGCACCAUUGGGUCAACUGGAUCACAAGGCCCAAGUGGCAGAGCAUCUUGUAUGGUAGCCUGAACCUGUCGCAGAGCCUUCUUUUGGUCUGGGCCUCACUCAAAACUAGCAACUGUUCAAGUCACUUGAUAAAUAGAUUGGAGUGACACACCCAAUUGAGGCAUAUGCUGCCUCCAAAAUCCACAGAGGCCUACCAGGUGUUGUGCCUCCUUUUUAGUUGUAAGAAGGGCCAGAUGCAACAGCUUAUUCUUUACUCCAGAAGGAAUAUAUCAACAUGCUCCACACCACUGGACCCUUAGAAAUUUUAUUGAGGUGAAAGGCUCCUGAGUUUUUGUACGGUACAUUUCCCACCCUCUAGCAUACAUCUUACCAAAAAGUUUAGAGGCAUUGAUACUGCUUCCUUACUAGGUUCAGUAAGCAUAAUGUCAUCAAUAUAAUGAACCAGGGUGGAAGGGAAAGGAAUCAAGGUUCCUGUGGACUAAAUUAUGAUGUAGGGCUAAAGAGUUGAUAUACCUCUGAGGUAGGAUAGUAAAGGUGUACUGCUACUUAUGCCAGUUGAGACAAACUGCUUCUGGUGGUCCUUCAAAAUAUAUGGAGGAAAAAGGCAUUAGCUGGAUUAAUAGCUGCUUACGGGUACCAGGAGGUGUAUUAAUUUGCUCAAGCAAUGGAAAAACAUCUGGAACAACAGCUGCAAUUGGAGUCAUCACCUGGUUAAGUUUUCGGUAAUCCGCUGCUAUUCUCCAAGAUCUAUCUGUUUUCUGCACAGGCCAGAUAGAAUGGGGAUGUGCUGGGAAUUACCAUCCCUGCAUCAUUCAAGUCCUUAAUGGUGGUAGUAACCUCUGCGAUCCCUCCAGGAAUGCAGUAUUGCAUUUUGUUUUACUAUUUUCUUAGUUAGGGGUAGUUCUCAUGGUAUCCACUUAGCCUUUCCUACUCUUAUAGCCCUUGCUCCACAUGUCAGGUGUGCAAAAUGGGGGUGCUGCCGGUUGCUGAGUAUGUCUAUUCCAAUUAUUCAUUCUGGAACUGGGGAGAUUACUACAGGAUGGGUUUCAGGGACCCAGUGGACCUACUGUGAAACAAACAUGAGCUAAAGCUCCAUUAAUAACGUGGUCUCUUUAUGCCCCUACUUUGACUGGUAGGCCACACUGAUGUUUUGGGUCUCCUGGAAUUAGUGUCAGCUCAGAGCCAGUGUCAAGUAACCCCCCCCCCCCGCCAAGAUAUAAUUAUUUCCUUUUUCCCAAUAAAUAGUCACUGAUAAAAGGAUGUAGAUCCCUUUGGGGAAGACUGAGAGAAAGAUCAACAGUAUAAAUUUUUGGCAGUGCAUUGGGGUCCUUCCUUAGGGGGUCCAGGCAUCGCCUUCAUUCAAGGAGUUGUGGAUCUGUAAACUGGCUGAAGUCUGGGAAUUGAUUGAUGGGCUGUGAAUCUUUAUUUUGGCGAUUCAAGUUAGCCUGCUGUUCCCUCGACCUAGAAUUCUUCCACUUGUACAGAUGAAGUAAAUAUUUAGUAGAUUUCCCAUCAGUUUCACUCCUAGGGAUGCCUUGACUAAGUAGCCAAUGCCGUAAGUCCAUAUGAGUCAGAUUAUUUUGAUUACAGCUUUUACUCCAUUGUCCAUUAGGGACAGUAACCAUGCCCACCUUGUCUUUGUCAACUGAAUGCUGCUCUUGGCCCCUACUGCCAUGGGUUCCAGUCAGCCCCAUUGUCUUACUUCAAGUCAGGCAGUUCCCACUGUCAAAUCUAACUCACAUAAAAUAGCAAUCACAGCAGUCUGCAAGGAUACUAGGGCUCUCUUCAUAAAUUUGUUCCUCACCAUUGUGGUAAAAGGUGUGUUCUUUGGGCAUUCCAUGUGUGGUUCUGUGGUCCAACCUGAUAAAUCCACUCUAACAUUCCAGUUUCCCUAAGGUUUUGGAUGCCUUUUUCUACAGUAUACCAAAUUCUGGUACUUCGCCUUGAUUUAGUGUAGGCCACCACAUAAUCCACGCAUCAGUGAACCAACCAAAUAAACUAUUAGAUCCUUUUCUAACAUACUGAGCUGAAACACUGAAUGAAGAAUCUGUGCUUAGUGGGCCUUCAGUAAACUUAGACUAAUCCAACUUAAUGUUCCUUGCACCAUUAUCCCAUACCCAUUGUCAUGGAUCAAAUUAUGUUCCCCAAAAAUAUAUGUG